AUGUGCGUUUACUGCACACUACCAAGCCGCUACUGUGAUGUACGGCCGGUCACCCUACAAAGCCACAAUAAACACGGCCAGGGCGAUAGGCUGCUGGAGAUGAAGGCUUUGGCGGAGUUUGAGGAGGAGGUGUUGGAAGAGGGGUAUGAUGAGGACGACGAGGAGCCUGAAGACGACGAGGACGGCGACGGGGGGGAGAUGGAGCCGGCCGUGGACGAGUCGUUGAAUUCCGCAGCCGGCAUUGAUAGGCUGGGCUCCGUCAUCUUGUCUGUGGCCCUGCCGCUGGCGGCGCAGGGCUCCCUGCAUCGGCAGAUGUACGUGUCACAGCAGCAGCGGCCGCCGCUGACGAUGACGCCCACGCAGCCCCAGCAGCCCCAGCAGCAGGCACCAGCGGCGGGCUGCAGUCCUCCAAACCACAUUGGCCAUGUCCCAUACGAGCCACAGUACUCGAACGAGCCGUCUCUAAGUUCCAUUCCAUCUCCGACCAAAGACGGCCUGGUCCGCCCCACCUCCGAGACCUCCUACCCUUCGUCUACCAGUGGUGAGGGCAGUGGGUGCUUGGAGAGCGCUGCGGGGCCGGCGUCUGGGCCCGUACCAGCUUUCCCCGCCGUGCAGGAAGCAAACGGCAGCCUGGCCGCUGCUGCCGCCUCCGCUGGUGUUGGCGGGGGUGGGGGCAAGGGUGGGGCCCGGGGCGGGGGGGGGGCCGGGGCCCCGAUCUGGCGGCGGCGAAACGCGUUUGUGGAGUGGGCGAACACGAUGCAUCACGAAAUGGUGGUUGAAGAGCAGCCGCCUGGCGGAAGCAGCGCGAGUGGUGGCGGUGGCGGUGGCAGUGGCAGUGGCAACGGUAGCGGCAGUGGUGUCCCUGGCGGAGGUAUGCCUGGACAUGGCAACACGAUGGCAGGCGGGGCAGGCGGCACAGAGCACACGUCAUCAUCAUCGGGCUACGCUGUUCCCUUGGCGCUUGCGGCGGACACGCUGCCACCGGAGGGUGUGCAGUUCCAGUAUGCGCCGGGCGUCUACAUCACGUUGAAGCCACCGGCACAAAAAGGCGGCCCGGUUCGGCUGGUCAAGGUUCGCUUCAAUCGCAAGAUGUUCACGGAGCAGUCUCAAGGCCAGGCCUGGUGGAACAUGCACAGGGCGACACUGGCGGAGAUGUACGAGCUGACCUUCGACAUGGGGAACAAGGCACCUGUAGCACCAUCAUCAUCACCGCCGGGGUUGCCGCCGCUAGCUCCCGGUUCACACGGCACAGUUCCCCCGGCCGCAAUGCACACCCGCGGCAUGAGCACCGACACACAAGGGACGAGCGCCGGCAGCACCGCGGCGUCGGGGAGCAGUAGCAUGUACUUCUCCGUCCCAGUCAGUAACAGCCCCCUUCACGGGGGUGCAGCCUCUGGCGCCGCUGGCGGGGGCGACCUUGUGACGGGUUCAGCGGGGGCCAUGUGGCGUUCUGUCGCGUCAGCGGUAGCUGGCGGCGGCGGUGGCGGUGGUGGCGCCGGCGGCGGCGGCGGCGAUUUCGAUAUGAGUUGGACUGAGCUGAACUACGACAGCCAGGCCAUGAUGGUGUUGCCGCCGCCACCACCUGUGGGGACUAUGGGGGUGGCGGGGUCCCCUGCAAUGCCGCAGCGACGCGACCACUCUCGGAACAGCAGCCGCACGGCCAGCGGCGGCUCAAGCCAUGCAGGCGUAUCGAGGCCGCCCUCGCAGCCGUGCCCAGAGUCACCCGUGUUUGCCGUGCAGCAAUUUGGCUCGGGGGAAAGCGGCUCGGCUAGCGGUGUUGGUGUUGGUGGCGAUGGCGGUGGCGGCGGCGGAGGGCCAUUAUACCCAGCGACUGCUACCGCCCUGGCGACGACUGCUGCCGCUGCAGCGGCGCAGCCGUACUAUCCCUCUCACCAGCGUGCGCAGUCUGGUGGCGGGUCGUCUGGCAGGUCGUGA